CAGACUCCGAUGAACUGCACUGUCAAUUCAACUGCACUGUGCUGUCGUCGCCUGGGGGAAUUUAUUGAAUCAGCAAAACGCGCCGUUGAACUGCACGUGAAGUCCGUGCGCCUGGAGACCUACAACUCAACCCUCGUAGAACUCUCCAAAUCAGUCGAUAAAAUGGCUGAUCAGGAAUAUGCGGACGUCAUGGCCGGCGCCACCAGCCUGAUAACUGCAUUUACACGUUCCAUCCAUGGACGACGCGGAUCCAGCGUCACUACUGCAAAAACGAGGAUGAGUUCAGUUCGCAGCGUCUGCGAGGGCUUGCGUCAGGGCCUUUCUUUGAUUUCCCGCACAAAUACCCUCCUUGCAAGUGAAUUCGGCCCGUAUGUCCCACUCCCGGAAAGCCCUCGUCGUCACUCGCUCAUGGUUAUCUCCAUUUUAAUUGCAGCAAGUCACAUUGUAAAUUCUGGACUCCUUCUGCUUUCGCAAUCCGAUUUGUCUCGUUAUACUCACGCAGAAUUGUGGGACAUUACUCGUGGAAUGGAAGAAUUAAGCAACCUGACGGAGCGUGUACAAGAACAACUUGACGAGAAAAAGCAGUUUUACCUUCGUCGGCUUCUUCUGGAUGGUUGUCCGCAUAGAAACAGUACUCCUUCAAUAGAACAACGCUUGUCCGAUCUUUGCAUUCUCACCGAUCCGAUCGAUAGCAUAAGGCCGGCCUCAGUUGGUCACAUAAUUUACCUCCUUGCUCGUUAUCGUUCGGCCAAAUUAGCUCAUACACUUGCAGCUGAUCUUCAUCAGGCUUUAAAGGAUCCCAAGGAAGGCCUCGAUUUUCUCACUGAAGCAGUAAGGAAAGAGUACGAAUUUUGCUCUAACUUUCUUGACGUAAUGACCCAAUCUACGGAGUUGCUACGCAACCUUCGAAAGGCUCAAGAGUGUGCUGGCGGGCAUACAAAGAGCGUCCCGCAGAAAGCAAACAGCCAUGUGUACAUUCAACACAGUAACCUUAAGGCCCAUCGAAAGCCAGCGCUUAUUGCGAAAACCGAGUCAAUUGACAACUUCAUUUCCACGUUUCCUGAUAACCCAUCCAAACAGAUAAGGCCAAUUACCUCAAUCAACGAACAAGACGAGGAAAUUAACGAGAGCCAUCAAAAGAAGGCUGUCCAAUGGAGCGACUACUACGAAGUCACUUUAAGACACCAGGUUGUUGGAAGGUAUCUGCAGCUGACUUGGAUCGGAUUUAGUGAGGAACUGGAUGGAGCAUUUCAGUUGGUCGGACUAACAUUCCCGAGUGACCCGACUAUGGAUUCCACGCCCUGGCCCCUGCGAAGCAGACAGGAGGUCCGCCAACUCGUCAGUAGACUCCACGAAGUCGGCAAAUGUGAAGGUCUCCCGUCACUAUUUAAACACGGGAUCUGUCGGCAGGCAGAGAGAUUGCGAAUAGCUGCCGAUUCUCACGACUGGACUGACUGGAGCCCCAGUAAGUGGAUUCUUGACCGAAACCCAGCUAAUCUGUUGCGCACCCCUCUUGGUCGAGUUUUCAAGAACCUCCUGCGAGAACUCAUGAAGGACACGCGCUUUAGUGUCGUCGAGCUCCUGAAACGACUGACCGUCGACGCGCGCAGGUGUUUUGAUUUGCUCGCAUUGAAAGAAGAAGAAGACACAAUACCACAAUUGGAGUUUUCUCAUCGGCAACUGCGGUCCUACUUGGAUCAGUCCUUUCUGUCACUGGAGUUAUUCCUCGCUGAAGUACUCGAAGAAUUCUGUUGUUUACUGAAGUCGUCUCGGUCCUCUCUUGACACUGGACCUACUAUUAUCGAAUUCGCCUUCAGAGCCUGUCUCCAAAUUGACCAUUGUCUUUCACUGCUCGAAUUACUUCGUGGCGCACUGGGCUACCACGAGUCACUUAUACGACCCUCAGACACCUCAGGAUCGUGUGAUGAAUACCUUAACUCCCGAUUACAGGAAGAUUUCAUCACCUCUUGCUUUGAUCGUGUACAAAAGACCGCUCACAACCUCAAGGCUGGCCAGGCUGCUCUGCAGGCGGGCAAUUCGCGUUUCUGGGCGAACUUAGCUUCUCAACAAUCCUUCGCAAUGCGUCAGGCUGUGCUCAAUUACAAAAAUGCAAACGUCGUAGAAGUUGACUGCCUCUGCGGCAAUUUCAUUCAUAUUGUCGAAAGAAUUUAUCUCCUGUGUUUCGAGAAUACGGAAGCUAACGUCUCAGAUGUCGUUAAACAAGAUGCGUGUUUCUCGGAGUUAAAUGCACAGCUUAUCUCCUCUGCUCUACAGGCGAUAUUGGUUUGUCUAGAGCAGGGAUUUCUAACAACUGUGGAAGCACUUUCAGUCAGUGAAAUGCAUUCACUUCAGUGCCUGCUAGCUAAAAUGCUGGUCUGCAUCGACCAGAUCACCGCGGCUCAGUUUGUGGCCUCAGAUAAACCAAGUCUCGUUUCCCGAUGCACCGCCCUUGUUGUCCUCCUGCAGCCUCAAAGAAACGAACUAUACGUUAGCAACCGACCAGGAAAUAUAUCCCAAAAUACCACUGAUAGGAAUUCAGCAUCGCCAGUGAACAGGCCAAAAGAGGUAAUCAAUCGCUUCCACCAGUACUUCUCGGAGAACGUUUUCACGCGUUUCCACAGCUCUGCGACCUUCUCAGCACUCGGAACCCUCUCCACCAAUGUGAGAGCCUUCUUUCAACACGAGGAUGUUGUUUCCAGACCAGUGGGACCGUCAGCAGAUGGCCACUUGAAGCGUACAGAAACCGACUGA